GCUAGCCGCUGCUAACUCGCUGCUCGCUGCGGCGUUUGCUGAGAUUUUUCCCCCGCACAAAACAGAACCGGGACCGCAGACAUGACUCGGCUCGCCUCUGCCCGGCCGUGGAGUCUGGGGGUGGCCCUGCCGCUCCUCUUCGCUGCUGCUCUACACCAGGGCUUUGCCACUGUUGCUCCGCCCACGACGGCCCAGACCACCGCUGCUCCGCACAAAGGACCUGAGAGACCGGAACGGGGGCAGUACCACGUCAGCGGCAGCAACGGCACCGUGUGUUUACUGGCCUACAUGGGCCUGCAGCUCAACAUCACUGUCAACCUGGGCUCACAGAACAAGAGCGUCCAGGAUGUCAUGAACAUCAACCCCAACCUGACGAAGAGCUCCGGGUCGUGCGAGCCGGACCGCGCUGUCCUGCAGCUCAACACCGACUCCGACAGGACCAACCUGUCCUUCGUCUUCGUCCUGAACACCACGUCCAACAAGUACCACCUGGGGGAGGUGUCCGUGACGGCUGCCGUGCCGGACAUGACGGAGCCCUUCUCGGCUCGUAACGUCAGCCUGGACUACCUGCACGGGAACCUGGGCCACUCCUACAUGUGCCGACAGGAGCAGCGUCUGGCCGUGACCUCCGGCUUCUCCGUCAACGCCUUCCAGAUGCAGGUCCAGCCCUUCGGGGUCGUGGAGAAUCAGUUUGGAGCAGCCGAGGAGUGCCAGCUGGACGAGGACGACAUGCUGAUCCCCAUCAUCGUGGGCGGGGCGCUGGCCGGCCUGGUGCUGGUCGUGCUGCUGGCGUACCUGAUCGGCAGGAAGAGGAGCCACGCCGGCUACCAAACCAUCUGAGGCCGCGCCGCAUCAACCACUUAGCCCCGCCCCCUCUGCCCCCGCAGCCUUCACCUCUUCGCCUCAGUGUGUGUGUGUGGUGUGUGUGUAUUCUCUGCCUUCAUCAGUAACACUAGUCAUUUCAGCCGGCACUUUCUCAGUUUGCUCAGUCAGAAACGAGGUGUGUGUGGUGUGUGUGUGUGAAGCGAGGAGGGGUCUUCUCUGGUACGGUGUACAGGAAGGGUGUUGUCAGAGGGUUGGGACAGUCCUCCACUUGUUUUCUACUAUUUAUGAUUUGUGUGACAGGAUCUGUGAGGGAUUUGAACAGGUAGCUAUUUGCUCUCUCUCCUGGUGUCUGUCCGAGGUUUAACGUCUCAAAGGGAAAAUGUCUGCCAGUUCCACGUUUGCCAACUCGGACGGAGAGAGAUUAAUGGAUGUAUGAGGAGUUCAGGGAACGUACUGAAAAUAAUAUUCACAGUUCUGCAUAGAAAAGGUCAAAUGAUGAAAUGCCAGCAGAACUGUGAGUAAUACUCCCAAGUUACUUUUUGCCAUCGCCUCUCGUCGUUAAACUUUGGACAUUGAAGAAGAAAUGAGUUACUUAUCGCCAAAAACAUGACAUGGAAGAGGAAUUUGUUGAAUGGCGAUCACCCUGGAGUCCCAAUGUGUAUUUAAAGAAGUGUGUGACUUAGCCAUGAGGGUGAACUGGACUCCUCUCAGCUGGCUGCUGGAUCCAGUGAGCAGGACCCGGUAAUCGGGUGGAUUUGUGUUCCGUGUUGAAGAGAACUGGGUCGUUUGGUGUGUGAAACAUUGAUCAGCCUCUGAUGCAGUGAGGAUCAACAAUAAUAAUAAUCUGUAGCUCGGAGCAGAAGGUGGAGUUUCCAGGGUGGGGGAGUGGAUGUUCCGGUCCACUGGGUGGCGCUGUGUCAGUCUGGGGCCCGAGUAGUGUUUUUUGGGGGGGUGCACUGAAGACAAAGCCCCCUGUGUGACGAUGGAAAGCUGUGGCUCAGCGUUCAUUAGUGCCUUCCCAGCCGUCACACGGUGUGAUUCCUGUCAGCGGUGCUCAGUGCUGCCAUGUUACUGAGCUGUGGUGUGUGUGUGUGUGUGUGUCCUGUGGCCUGUGUGUUCUGUCUCUCCUGUCCUCCUCAUGGUCCCGAUAACGACUUUCUGCAGCGGUUUUAACGGGCUGGUUUGAACUGUUUGUUUUUUUUUGUUUUGUUUUUUUUAAAAGAGGUCAAAGUGAAAGAACGACUCAGCCGGACCGUUUCUCGUCUCUCCUUCAUCCUCAGCCGUCAAACCGGUUCCGGGUCGGAUGUUUGUGUGCAGGUUCUUCACUGAAGCAGGAGAAAUCCAGACAUCGGAGGUCAGAGGUCACGUUCAGCCCAGUGGAACCGCGUUUCUGUAAAACCAAACCUCUACCGCCAUGAGUGACAGCAGCCUCAACUUAAAGCCAGCUUUAAUGAGAGCUGCUGCUGCUGCAGAGUACAGUCACAUGCCUCAUGCUUAACACAGAUCUCAUGUCUUUAUUCUGAUUAAAAAUGUCAGAAUAUUUCCUGUUAUCCCAUGAACAACAGACAUUACUUUAUUUGACUUGUUGCAUAUUUUUUUUAUUUUCCUUAGGAGUUGAAAGAAGGAACAACUGAAAUGAUGAGGCUCAGAAGUCUAAACAAUAUGAAAUAACACGAUUCAGAUGAAGUGGUUUCCAUUUAAUUUCUUCUCCACUACUGUAGUUCUAUCUUUAUAUUCUAGGAAAGGACUAUUUCCUAUUGUUUCUUUCUGGGUUGUUCACUGAUAUGUCAAAAGGAUACUGGAAAAUAAAGGCUGUAUUUUUCUCUAAUAAUAAAAAUAGGCAAAGUCUA